ACACACACACACAGAGUGACUGAGCUGGUGCUUGUUGAGCACAGAGCUCAUGGCUGUCCCUGGCUAAGACGCAGACGCACACAGUGAAGAAACACACCGAGUGAACCAACAAGAGCAUCGCCUUACCUGCUAUGGGAUUCUAACCACCAGCUUAUUCUGUACCGGUGAAAAAGAUUUGUCAAGGCGUUCUAGAGCCAGGAUGAAGAUUGUAGAAACCAUUUCAGUCUUCAAGAUCCUCUUUCUGCUGGUUCUGGUCACCUCAAGUUACGGGAUACAGAGAGCUCCUCGUAUCAUCACCUUAUUAGAGACACUGGAUGUACUACUGGAUCACAAUGCCACCUUCAUCUGUGAGGUGGAGUCCCGUCCCCCUGCUGAAAUCACUUGGACCAAGAAUAACCACCCAAUAAUGUACUAUGACCCCCGGUACAUUACCAGGGAACAGGGACAGAUGCUAAUGAUCCCUCAUGUAAGAGAGUCAGACAAUGGAGAGUACUGCUGCCUCGCCAGUAACGGCAUUGGGGAGCCAGCCAAGAGCUGUGGAGCGCUGCAGCUAAAGAUGAAGCCACAAAUCAAGCGCCAUCCUACCAAUGUAACCCUUCUGGUAGAAUCCAAAGCAGUGUUGCCCUGCGUUACCCUCGGCAACCCCAAACCGGAUGUGACCUGGCUCAAAGAUGAUGAGCUUAUCAAGGUCAGUGACCGUGUUACCGUUCUUGACUAUGGUGCGUUGAAGAUCCACAACAUACAGAAGGAGGAUGCAGGACAGUAUCGCUGCGUGGCCAGGAAUAGCUUUGGUCUGGCCUUUUCAAAGCCUGUCAGCAUAGAGGUACAGGCUCCAGCACGAAUCCUGCGGGUUCCUAAGGAGAAGAGGGUCGCGUAUGGCAGCCAGAUUUCCCUGGAGUGUAACGCCACAGGAAAUCCAAUCCCCACAAUCACCUGGCUGGAAAAUGGGAACACUAUCUCAGGGGCAUCGGUCGAAGAGACUUUGACUGGAGAGGUGAUCCUGUCCGUUCUUAAAGUGACGGUGAAUAAGCCCGCUCUCUACACAUGUCUGGCCUCCAACAGACACAGUGCUGGAGCCAACACUGUCAAGGCAACUGCUAAAGUCACCGUCGCAGAGUGGAGACUCUAUAAGGGCGUCACAGGCUACUGCAGUGCGUAUCGUGGAGAUGUCUGCCGCACCAUUCUACGAGAUGAUUUGCUGGUUUUCUUUAACUCCUCCCUCUCGGACCCCGAGGACAUGCAGGAGUACCUGGUUCAGAGCUGGUGGACGGAACUGGAAGGGCUCAGUAUGCUUUGUAGCCCUGCUAUACGCUCACUGCUCUGCCACUCCUCCUUCCCUGACUGCAACCCAUCAGGGUUAGGACCGGCACCUAAACCUGUCUGCAGAGAACACUGCCUGGCAGUGAAGGAGCUGUACUGCCAUAAGGAGUGGUUGGUACUGGAGGGCAGCAGUUCAGUCCAGCCGGGCCUGUUCAGCUCUGUCCCUGGGUCCCACACUCCCAGUUCACUGCUGCCCAACUGUCAGAGCUUGCCAAGUCUUCGCACAGACCCUGAGGCUUGUACACAUGUCCCUUUUGUGGACAUCAAGAGAGACCAAAUUACAACAACAUGUUAUGAUGACAGAGGCCGUUUCUACCAAGGCAGUGCGAAUGUGACGAGGUCUGGGAUACCAUGUCAGCCAUGGAGCCAACAGGUUCCCCACCAGCACCGCCUGUCUGUAGAUGUGAUUCCAGAGUUGAAGAACUCAGACAACAACUGUAGGAACCCGGGUGGAAUCAGCGACAAGCCCUGGUGUUUCACCUCAAAUCCGAACAUACGCUGGGAGUACUGUGCAGUGCCGCAGUGUGGGGAGACAAGCGUGGUGUCAGUGAUGAAGCCAGAGUCACCAGGUCCUCGUCAGACUUCUCGUCUCCCUCCCACGGCCACAGGAUCAUCUCCAGCGUACUCCAUGUCCGUCAUCAUCAUCCUGACUGCACUUGCAGCUGCGGUCUUCUUCACUAUCAUCCUCUUCGCCUGCCGUAGACGGAGGAAGCAGUGGAGAAACCGGAAGAGAGCUAUGGAGACCCCCACAAUGAGCGCUCUUCCCUCGGAGCUCCUGCUGGAUCGACUCCACCCCAACCCAUGUACCAGCGGUUCCCUGCUGCUAAACUCAAAGCUGCUGGCGCUAGAGUAUCCCCGUAAUAAUAUCCAAUAUGUUAGAGAUAUUGGAGAGGGAGCCUUCGGACGGGUUUUCCAAGCCAGGUGA